AUGGAAAUUCGUCGAAGCUCGAUUUUGAUUUUGAUUUUGAUUCUUGUUCUGUUAUCUCAAAGGUCGGUUUCGAUGCGAUACGAGCUUAAAUCUGGGCAAACGAAAUGCAUAGCAGAGGAUAUUCAUAAAAACUCAAUGUCAGUUGGGAAAUACUUCAUCGUAAACCCUAACGAAGAUCAACCUCUACCUUCUUCGCAUAAGAUCCACGUCCAGGUUAUGCCGCCACAAGGGACGGGGAUGAUUCACGAAGCGGAUAAUGUUGAAUCUGGGCAAUUCUCGUUUACUGCGACUGAGACUGGGAAUUACUUAGCUUGUAUCUCCGUCGUUGAUCAUAAACCGGAGACGACGUUGACUCUUGAUUUUGAUUGGAGGAGUGGUGUUCACUCUGUUCACUCUAAGGAUUGGUCUAAAGUAGCUAAGAGGACACAAGUCGUUAUGAUGGAGCAUGCGGUAAAGGACUUAUUAGACACUGUUAGUUCGAUCCACGAUGAGAUGUUUUAUCUUCGUGAAAGGGAAGAAGAAAUGCAAGUACUGAAUAGAUCCACAAACGCGAAGAUGGGGUGGUUGAGUUUUGUGUCUCUCGGGGUUUGUUUAUCUGUGGCUGGUAUACAGUUUUGGCAUUUGAAAACUUUCUUUGAGAAAAAGAAACUCAUUUAA